AUGACAACUAACGGCGCGUCUGAUGCCGACGAGAAAGUUACUGAAAACGUUAAGUCUGCCGUAAUCGACUUGGAGGAGCAACCGGGAGCUGACGUGGACGGAAAGGCUGACGUGGACAAUGUGGAUAAGGGCGACGAAUUUGACCUAGAUGGUGAACCUGAGGAUGUGGACGGUUCGCCGGGAAGAACGGAGAACGCGAGUGUGCCGGGAACAACGGCGGAGGAUGCGGAUCAAGAGAUGGUAAAUGUCGAUACCGACGGUCCCGACGCUCAGAUUUCAGGGUACGCCAUUCGUUACGAAAACGUUCGCCGGUCUUUCGCGGACCUGCAGGCGAAAUCGGCGAUGCUCGCGAGCUGCAUCGCGCAGUGGAAAGAGCUGGACGAGUUUUUCGCCGCGAGCGAGGAGAGGCUCCGAAAGCGGGAGCAGGAUGUGAGCGAGCGAGAGAGAGCCCUAGAGGAGAAGACGCGAACCGUUACAAAGGAUCUCGAUAAGCGAGAGAGUGCGAUCUCGUCUCGCGAAUCUGCGUCGAUGCAGCGAGUGCAGGAACAGCGAGAUGCAGCUUUUGCUGCUCUUGCGGAGGAGAGGAAGAAAUGGCAGGAGGAGAAGAGCCGUGAGAAGGACAAGGCAGCGAGCGGGAGGGGUAAGGAAGCGAGCGAUAAGGCGAGGCGCGAGAGCGAGAGGAAGGAGAGCAGCGACAAGGCUGAGAAGGAUAAGAAGGAGAAGGAGAAAGAGAGGGAGAAGGAGAAGGAAAGGGAGAAGGAGAAGGAGAAGGAGAAGGAGAAGGUAACGGAAGAGAAGAAAAAGGAGGAGGAGAAGGAGAACGAGGCGGGCAAGAUUAAGGAAGAGGCCCGAUCUGACGGGGACAAGGACAAGGCUUCGGCCUCAGCCCGUGCUACGCGCGCGGCCAGUGAAGACAAGUCGUCCGGGAAGCAAGCUGCCACCGAGACUGCUCCUAGCGAGCCUGCCAGUAACGGAGCGGCUACAGCCGCUACAGCCGAGCCCGCUACGGCUCACCCCAAAGACAGCAAGUCCGACAAGGCCCCGAGAUCCGGGGACGACUCGAGGGAGGCGGCGGUGCGCGUGAGCGCGGAGCUGCGCGCGCUGUGCGCGGGGAUGGACGCGGAGGGGCUGAAGCGCUACGUGAUGCAGAACCGGCGCGACAUUAGCCGCGUGCGCGCGGAGCUUCCGCACGCGCUCCCGCUCGCGCUCGACCCCUGCCGCCUGGUCCUCUCCUGCCUGGACUCCUACAAACCCAAGGCCGUCGAAGCUUCCGCGGCCGGCAAGGAUAAGCGGCGCGAGCCCGUCGAGCCCACCCACGUGCGCGCCGUUUCCCUCCUGGUGGAAACCCUAGGGCAGGUUUUGGCCAAGCAGGCCAAGGCGGAGGGGGUUUCCGUCCCCGUUAUUGCGCCCUCGAUACAGGAGAAGGCGCGGGGGAUUUUGGAGGGGUGGGUGAGGAGCGGGGGCCCGCUGAGCAAGGCGGAGGAAGCUUCGGCGCUGGACGCGUGGCUGGUGCUUCAGGUGGCGGCGGUGUUUGGCGUGGCGCGGCAGGUGGACGAAGACGCGCUGCUAGGGUUCGUGGCGGCGUCCGCGCGGCGCAAGCAGACGGCCGACAUGGUGAAGGCCAUGGGGCUCGUGGACAAGAUGCCAGUCGUGGUUGAGCGGCUGGUGAAGGAGGGGCGGGAGGUGGACGCCAUCUACCUGGCGCAUGGCGUUGACCUGCUUGACCAGGUUGACCCCGUUGACCUGCUCAAGCGCAACCUCAGGGAGAUCCGCACGCUCGUGUCCGCCAUGACCAAGAAGGACAAGUCGCUGCAGGCUGAGAACGAGGCAACCUCAAGGGAGAUCAGCAUGGUGCGAGCCCUGAUCCGCUGCGUGGACGACUGUAUGGCUGGGGGAGGUGCCAUCUAUGCAACAGCUGGAGGGGGCCCAGGCAGCCUGGGGCAGGAGGUGGUAUAUGGGGUUGGAACCAUGGGGUCGGGUCUUGCCUCUCCAGGCGUGGGGGCAGGGCUAGGGGGAGGGUUGUAUGCCGCCGGGGGAGUGGGGAGCUUGGGGAGUGGUCUGGGGGGGACGGUGACGUAUGUGACUGAUCCGGGGGCUGGGCCGCAGCUGCUCGUGCAGAGAGGGAUGUAUGGGGGGGAGGUGGGGGCGGCGGGUACGACGGUGUACUAUGCGGUUCAGGGGGAUCAGGGGCAGGGGGGUGGGGGUGGGGGUGGGGGAGUGGGAGGUGGGGUGGGGGGAGCGCAGGUCAGUGCAGGACAAGCGACGUAUGAUUAUCAGACUGGGUCGUAUGUUGGAGGGGGUUACCAGGGGGGUUAUGGUAGGUGA